UCUGUUUUAACACACAGGCACUUAAGUUGAUACCAGUGAAAUUUAUUCCUUCAGAGGCAAUCUGAAAAGAAUGUAAGACGUUUUCGGACAUAUAAUAACCUAAGAAAAAAAUUAUUGUGAACAAAAAUGACUACCACGUGGUCACCACAUAAUAUAGCCCCAUUAUGCAUGGAGCAACAAGCGAAUUUAACCCAAUGUUCCUCUGCCGGGUUUUUAUUUCUCUCUUUAGUUGUCAAGUUGUUUGGCAAUGCUACAUACAGUAUAAGUAAUCCAGAACAGAAUCCUUCAGAAUCUCAUUCGUCUUUUCAUGGUUACAAUCCAUUUGUACAAUACCAAUCUACAUUUUCCUCUGAACGGCAUAAAUCCUCAUCAUCUUCUACGGACCAGUUAUUUCAGUACUUUUCUGGAACAAGGGCAGCAACAGAAACAUUUGGUCCGAGAUCAGAUAGAAGGAAGAAAUCUAAUGAGUACGACUUUAUCAUUGUUGGAGCUGGAUCGGCUGGAUGUGUCUUAGCAAAUCGGCUAACCGAAAUAAAGAAUUGGAGGGUACUUUUACUAGAAGCAGGUUCUGAAGAACCAGAUGUUACUAUGGUGCCCUCGUUUCCACCGCUGAAUAGAGACUCGUCCAUUGACUGGGGAUACAGGACACAGCCAGAAAAGUUGACAUGUAGAGGAUUUAGUGGGCAUCAAUGUGUAUGGCCAAGGGGUAAAACAAUGGGUGGUUCUAGUGCCAUUAACUACAUAGUAUACAUGAGAGGACAUAGACUUGAUUACGACACGUGGGCAGAGCUAGGAAACCCUGGCUGGAGUUAUGAUGAGUUACUGCCAUACUUUAGAAAAUCAGAGAAUAAUCGUGCGAUUGAAGCUAUUGACACAAUUCAUCAUGGAGUGGGCGGACCUAUGACCGUAGAAAGAUUUCCUUACUUAGAUGAGAAUACUUUUAUGCUUGUCGAAGCUUUUAAUCAAACUGGCUCACCGAUUAUUGAUUUAACUGGAGAAAAUAAUAUCGGUACAAAUUUAGCCCUAUCAACUUCUAGAGAUGGAAGACGGAUGUCCACAAAUAUAGCCUAUAUCAGACCUAUACGCCAUAUAAGACCAAACCUUAAUAUUGUGGUGAAUGCUUUUGCUACUAAAUUAAUUAUAGACCCAGUAACAAAAAUUACUUUGGGUGUAACAUAUGUAAAAAAUGGUGUAACUUACAAUGUUUUUGCAAGAAAUGAAGUAAUAGUAAGUAGUGGUGCUCUUAAUUCUCCGAAACUCCUUAUGUUAUCUGGGAUAGGUCCUAAGGAGCACUUAGAGAGCCUAGAUAUACCUGUUGUGGUAAAUUUAGCAGUUGGAAGAAAUUUACAAGAACAUGUAACUACAGAAGGUCUUACCUUAGCUUUGUCAAAUAAAACUUCAACUAUGGUAAGUACUCAGGAACUACUUGAAGCGGUGAACGAUUACUACCAACAAGAACCAAAAAAAAGUGGUCCAUUAUCAUCAACGAGCGUCUUAAGCAGUGUUGCAUUUAUUAAAACUAAAUAUUCCACAGUAAAUGCACCUGAUAUACAAUAUCAUUUCAGUGCUAGAAAUGUUGAGGAUUUUUAUGCAAAUCCAAGAAUUUACUUAGAAGCCAAUAUUUUUCCAUUAGCAUUCUACAAUGGUUUGUCCGCUAACCCUCUUUUAUUAACUCCCAAAAGUCGGGGAGUUAUUUUACUAAAUAAUACUGAUCCUGUAUAUGGCCAACCUUUGAUAUAUUCGGGAUUUUAUACUGUCAAGGAAGAUAUGGACGUUAUGGUUGAAGGAUUGCGUUACGUUGUUAGUUUAGAAGAAACUGAAGCUUUUCAGCAGAACGGCGCUCGCUUUGUUCGAAUUCCCGUCAAAAACUGCGAGGAUCAUAAAUGGGGUUCUUAUGAUUAUUUUGCUUGUAUACUCAUUCAGUAUACUGCAGUAAUCUAUCAUCCUGUUGGCACUUGUAAGAUGGGUCCGGUGUGGGAUAAACAGGCUGUUGUUGACCCAAGAUUAAGAGUUUAUGGAAUAAGCAGAUUAAGAGUAGUCGACGCCUCUAUAAUGCCAUUAACAGUUAGAGGAAAUACAAAUAUACCGACAGUUACUAUAGCAGAGCGUGCAGCUGACAUGAUUAAAGAGGACUAUUCGACGAGAAACAAUCACAAUUAAGUUAUAUUUUAAUAUCGAACUAAAUUAUCAGGUAUUAAAAAAAAAUUUCUUUCACAAUAUUUCUAACCAACUUAAAUAAUUCUCCUGGUUUGCCAUAUCUAUAUUUAAAAAAAAUUAUGUACAGUAGCAAUCUAAUUUGCAUAAAGUAAUCCAAGUAAACUUUUACCUUGCACGUUUCCAAUAAGUUAUUAAUGGAUACAAAUAUUUAAUUCUAGUAAGAAGAAGACAAGACAAAUCUUUUAAAACUAACACCAAUGUAUGACAUAUACUUUCUGAAAUAUGUCAUUAAAAUCUCAGAGUAGCCACGAAUUUUAUCAAAAAUUGCAUAUGAUUACUUUUGUAGCCAAAAUAAUAAGCCAAUUUUACGUGACCUUAGAAUUACAAUCCAUAACUAGAAAAAAUUCUUAUAAAUACGUAGUUAUCUGAAUUUAAUCCAUUGUAGAUCUACUAAUACAUGUGUACAUAUACGUGCCAUUUCCAUUCUAUCUAUGUACAUGUAUCAGAUACGUUUAUGACUAAGAUUAUCGCGAAAACUAUAAAGACUGCUUUUUCAAAAGCCAAAGUUUAAGUAAUUACUCUAUCAACAAAACCAGCUACUGUAUUCGUAAUAUCCCCUAACUCCUCGUGCAGAGACAUCCAUAGAUAACUGUGAUUAUUUUUCCUUAGGUCAAUUGUCUGUUCAUUUAAUGGCAUAUUAAUAUGCUUUACUUUGAUUUAAGUGGCAUGAUCACAAAGCUUUGUAUUAAAUAUGAUAAACUUAAAUUUAUAUUAUAAAAAGAAUUUACUCCCUGCUAUUUUUAAAAAAUGGAUUUUCUGUUAAGAGAAUCUGAAAGAUGUCAAAAGACAGUCAUAAAACGAUACAGAUGCUGUAUUAAGAUAGCUCCUAAUACAUUCAGAGCAUCUCAAGGUCAAUAAACUUUUAACUUUAUUAAUUUUCUUACCAUGCUAACUUCAAAACAAAGUAUUCAUUGGGAAUAGUUAAUAUUUUGUCAGCCCUACCAUGAUAAUUGUGGCAAUAAUAUUUGUUUACCAUGUAAUUAUUAUGAUAAAUUAGUUUAAUUUGUUCGGUGUCGGGAUUUAAAAGUGUUAAGGUGGUGGGUUGAGAUGAAUUAUCGUGCAAAAACACAGAUGUAUAAACUUGGGAACAACAAGGAACAGAUGUGGUUAUAAAGUCAAAUUUGAACAAAUCAAAACGUUGUUAAGUCAAUGCUUUACGACUAUCGUUGUACGAUAAUAGAAGUUUUAAAAUACAAUAAUAGGAUUUUCAUGAGUAACAUAAUUUUAAUGUUUGAUUAUUUUUCUCAGUGAUAAGAACUACAAUUUCAGAAUUGUAUCAAAUCGUCGAACACCUAAUUUUUUUUUGCAUUUAAUAUAUUAAUAGCCGUUUGUAUUGGUUUUUGGCUUACCUGAUUAUUUUGCUGUAACCAAUUCCAUGACAAAAUGUUAUAAAAAUGACAGUGAAUUUUUUAGUUAGAUCCGAAAAUAAUGUACGAUUUAAUUUUUACUUAGUCUUUCUUUGGGGAUUUUUAUUAAAGCAAUUAUAU